AAAUAAUAGUAAUUUCAUAUGAAUUAACACAUUUAAAUGUGUCAUCUCGUUGCGCUAUCCUUGUUAUGCUCCAACGAAACAAUUCUUUUCUGGCAUUUAUGAAUUUGUAAAUUGUUUUCUAUUGUUUUAUUCAACCUCAUUAUUCGAUGCAAAGUUUCUUUCUUUCUUUUUUUAAAUGGCACUUAAAUGUUAAAUUUGCGUUUGAUAUUUUAUAAGAGUAAGCUGAAUUCUAGUGGAUUUAUGAAAAGGGAAUAACAUACUUUGCUUUAGAAAAGGGCAAAAAUGCAAAAUCCAAUAAAAAAAUAUUUAUUUAAAUUUUAGAAAAGUAAAAGGAAAUAUCAAAAUUUCCAAAGGCAAAAAGGCUAUAUAUAUAUUGCCUUCCAAACCUUGAACAGAAUUAACUGGACUUGAUAUUGACUAAUGAUGAUGUUUAUUUGUUCAUAAAGUCUUCGAUAUUUAAAAAGAAAAAUUAUUAUAUUUUUAUUUAAAAAUCUUAUUUAAUUUGAAAAGUAGAUUAUUUUAAUUUUAAUUUUUUUGAAAAUUGACUUAAUAUUUAAGCAUCUACAAGAUAAUUUAUUAAAAUUUUAUUUAGUUCUUUAAAGUAAAUUAGGCCUACUUUUUACUCUUUUCGCCACGUGGUCACUAAGAGGGUCUUUUCAGAGUUCAUCGUGGGAUCGGCCAGGGCCACUGGGUGUUGAGAGAUAAGGCCCGACAUAUCCGGAACAGACCAUCCCCAAAAAAUUCUGAGGCUUUUCUACCUGCCAGGAUCGAUCCCGGGUUCCCCAGAGCGUUAUGCUGACAGCCUUAUACUAUAUUUAUAGAAUAUAAAUAAUAUUCAACAAAUGAAGUCGCCUUAAUCUAAACAUGCUUAGAUUUCGGAAGAGGAGGGUAGUAGCCACCGUACUCUUAAUCAUGGUGUGCACCUUUAUAGCAUUCGUCAAUUACGCUAACGAAAACUUCGAAGAGUAUAACGAGAUCACGGACGUGUAUCGAUCCUCUCUAAUAGAUGGAAAGCUCCGUCCUUGGUUUUUAUCCUCGGAUAAGGGGGUAGAUAUUAAUUGCGACCCCUCCAAACUGUGGCCGGACGAAGAUUCCGGAGAUAGAAUUGUCAAUCAGUUAAUGUAUGUUCCCAAAGAGAAUAUUACCGAAAAAGUAAAGACUAUCUUACUGUAUUUUGGACGUGGAGGCUGGAGCGAUUUGCCAUUAGGUAGAAAAGUAUUUUUGAGAGAUAAAUGCCCCGUUAACGCCUGUUCACUAACGACCCAUGUCAGUUCUGCAGAAAAGGCGGAUGCCGUCUUUUUCAAGGACAGCUUCACUUGGCCCUUUCACAAAAGAUCUUCCGAGCAAGUGUGGAUAUUAUUCCUUUUGGAAUGCCCGCUGCAUACGCAAGACUUUAAAAAUCUCAGGAACGUUUUCAACUGGACGGCAACAUACAGGCACGAUUCCGAUAUCGUAGCACCUUACGAGAAGUACGUCUCUUACUCCGUAGCGCCAUCUGUUGUUAAGCCGAUCAACUAUGCCGCAAAUAAAACUAAAAAAGUAGCCUGGUUUGUUUCGAAUUGUGCUACAAAAAAUCAUAGGAAAGAAUAUGCCAUGGAACUGGCAAAACAUAUAAAAUUGGAUAUUUACGGUUCUUGCGGGCCUUACAAUUGUCCGCGACUCGACGCUAAAAAGUGUUUUGAUAUGCUCGAAAGAGAUUACAAAUUCUACUUAGCAUUCGAGAAUUCAAAUUGUAAGGAUUAUAUCACCGAGAAGUUCUUCGUCAAUAGUCUAGGCCAUAACGUCCUUCCUAUAGUUAUGGGAGCAAGAAAAGAAGAUUACGAGAGAAGUGCACCUCCUCAUUCAUACAUACACGUGGACGAUUUCGAGUCUCCUCGUCAAUUAGCAGACUACCUAAUCAAACUUGACCAAAACGAUACUUUGUACAACGAAUACUUCAAAUGGAAAGGUAACGGUGAGUUCAUCAAUACCUAUUUUUGGUGUAGAGUAUGCGCCAUGUUGCACGCUCCACCCAGACCUAAAUCAUAUUCGGACAUUCAAGAGUGGUGGUCUUCUAAAGGAACGUGCACGAUGGGUAGUUGGAACAAUCCAAUUGACGACAGAUAGUGUCAGAAGACGAAGUAUUCGUGCAAGUCUUCCACUCAUCAAUGGCUCUAGUCGUUGUCUUCCAAGAAGAGUAAUCUUCUCAUUUUUGUAUCUUGUGGCUCAUAUAUAUUUAUAUACAUUGCAUCUCUUAAGUUGGUAUGAUUAAACUUACAUUUUUUUUUUUUUUUUGCUUUAUUUACAUUAUCUGAAAUAAAUUAUUUAUUUACAGA